AAAAAGAAAUCAUAACAAAAAACUCAUCGCUGCAUAUUCCUUCUGGAACCAUCCACCAUCCAAAUUCCAGUUUUCAGUUAGAAGUUCGUAAAACCCAAAGCAAGCAAUUGAGAGAUCGAUUGAGUUUAACGGCAACAGAAAUGGUGAACUACAUGCUGAUGAUAACUGCUGAGCUUGAAAACUUGACCAAUCUUCAACCUCAAGCUGGCUGCGACGAUCCCAAUUUCUCCUAUUUCUUCAAGUUGAAAUGUGGGAGGUGUGGAGAAAUAAGCCAAAAAGAUACUUGUGUGUCGUUAAAUGACACCGUUCCUCUCCCAGCUGGCAAGGCCACUACUCAUCUCAUUCAAAAGUGCAAGUUUUGUGGCAGGGAGAGCACUGUAACUAUGAUCCCAGGUAGAGGACAACCACUAACCAAUGAAACAAGUGAAUCAGGGAAGUUCACCCCACUGAUGUUAUUUGACUGUCGGGGCUAUGAGCCGAUAGAUUUUGAAUUCGGCGAUGGAUGGAAAGUCGAGUCGCUGGAGGGGACAAAGUUUGAGAAUGUUGACUUGUCAAGUGGAGAAUUUGCAGAAUAUGAUGAAAAGGGAGAGUGUCCGGUCAUGAUAUCCAAUCUUCGAGCUACUUUUGAUGUGGUGAAGUAAAGAGAACUAAUACAUGUUUGAAUAUUUUCUCGAUGUAUAAAUUAACUGUUCUGUUUUGGAAGAUCAUAAGUGACUUGACAGUAAAUUUGUGGGAUCCUCUUAAUAUUACACAUAAAUUCUGCAAAUUUAUUGGAGGGAAUUUGCAGCUUCCAAGGGAUUGGUUGAGUUCACUUUGCAUUCCAAUUCCCUAUUGAGACGUGUGUUUGUUACAUCUUUCAAGGAGUGUAUUAGAGAAGCAAUAAUUUUUAGCUUUUCAAUUGAGUAGAA